AUGAGGGAUCGUCAGCCAGUACAAGCACAGCUGAUCCACAGCUUAUCUACAUCCAGCCUUAGCCAGUACCAGCACAGACCCAGUCCAGACGUCUUUGGCAGGUCCCACACGGGGCAGCCUCAGCCAGUACGAGCACAGCCACAGAAAUACAGCCAGCAUCAGAUCCGAGUAGCUCAGACCCUAAAGGAACAGUUGCUGCUCCACCAAAUGACCCAGCAGAUUGCUCCCCAAGUCUUAUCAGACUUCAUGAGGUCUGAGUUAGUGUGCAGAGACCCUGGUGUUUCUCUUCUGGCUAGCAAGCGGGGCAUUAUACAGGGUGGUCUCCAGAGUUGUGUUUGCGAUCCACUGUCCACCGCAUCGUCCACAGAGUCACUGAGGAGGUGGUGGCCGUUCGCCACAAGGUCAUCCACCUACCCGAAGACCCAGGAUGAGUUACAACCGAUAUCCCUUGGGUUUGCAGGGCUGGCAAGACACAGAGCCUUUUUUAAAGCAACUGGUGGUCAGUGCUACAGGAACAGGAAAUUCUUUUCAUCCAUCAACCUGCAGGCUGUCUGUGACCAUCAGGGCCGCUUCAUUGACACCUACGUGGGCUGGCCUGGGUCGGUCCACGACUCCAGAGUGCUCCGCUACAGCCCACUGUACAGGAGUUCACUCUACCCUCCUUCAGGGCAUUUCAUCUUUGCAGACAGAGGGUACCCGUGCCUCCAACACCCACUCCCCCUCAUCACUCCCUACAAGAGGCCAAUACAAGGUGUGGGAGCCCAGCGCUUCAACAGCCAUCACUCCAGGGCACGCUCCAUUAUAGAACGUGCUUUUGGGAUGACGAAGACCAGGUUCCGGGCCAUCUUCCUGCAAGCGCUGGAUGUGCACCACAUCUUUGUACCUCAUCAUGUGCCAUCCUCUCCAACAUCUAUCUUGGGGCUGGUGACAUUGUGGGGGAGAACGGUUUGGAGACCGUCAGUGGUGCUCCCUGACCACUGUCUGCAGAGGUGUCUGCCCUGGAGGAGGUGCUCCCUGACCACCAAUAUUUUUAACAGUGACAUGGCAGCCGUCAAUUGAACCAGCCCUGCAAACCCACUGAUGGACGAUGCAGUGGACAGUGGAGAGAUGCAUCCGCACCUGCAACACACUCUGGAGACCACCCCAGAUGAUGUCCUGCUGACAGAAGACACCAGGGUCUUUAUUGUGGCAGCCUCCAGGUCCAGCAGCAUCACCAGGA